AUGCCCCACCCUGUAAAAGCUUGCAGAAUGUCCAAGAUUUUUGACCUGGUUCUCUUCGGAGCCAGUGGAUUCACCGGUGAAUAUGUUUUGGAGGAGUUUGUGAAGUCAGAAUAUUAUCAGAAGUACUCGUUUGCCAUCGCUGGAAGAAGCCAAUCCCGCUUGGAGAAAACCUUGGAGAAGGUUGGAAAACUUAUUGGUGAGUGAGAACUUUUUAAUUACAUUUGCCGUUCGAAAUUUUAGAUCAAGAUCUCUCCAAGAUUCCCAUUCUGAUUGCUGAUUCGUCCAACCCAGAGCAGUUACAGGCAGUUGCGGAGAAAGCAAAGGUUGUGAUCUCUGUUGUCGGUCCGUACAGAUUGUAUGGGGAACCUCUUGUGAAAGCUUGCGUCGAGGGCAAGGCUUCUUACGUUGAUAUCUCCGGAGAACCUGCGGUAAGCAGGGAUUUUUUAGGUUUUCCAUAAGACCUCUUCAAUAAUAAUUUUCUUCAUACUUUUAAUUUUUUCAGUUCCUCGAGAAGGUCCAGCUGAAAUAUGGCGAUAAGGCGAAGCAGAAUGGAGUUUACAUUGUUGGAUCUUGCGGUUUCGACAGUAUCCCGUGUGACUUGGGAGUCCAAUUCUUGAAGAAAAAUUUCCCAGGAACUUUGGCUUACGUCGAAACUGUUGGCCAAUUCAAUCCAGGGCCUCAUGUAAGUUGGUUAAGAGCUACAAAUUAAGAAUUUGUUGGUUUAGGGAUACACUGCGAACGACGGAACCUAUCAAACGAUUAUAUUGGCUUUGGAGAACCAGAAAACGGACAACCUGAAGGGUAUUCGCAAAGAAUUGAUGCCAGAGAAGUUGAAUCGGACUUCAUUCAGACCCCCAAAGCGGUAAGAGAUUAUUUGCUGGCGUUUUGAUCUUGGUUUAGACCUUGAUUAUAUUGAAGUAGAUAAGGAGUAUAUAUUUUUAUAUUUUUUCAUUUCACAAGGAAAGUACUUUUAUGGGGGCUCCUACUUUUUGACGGGACAUAUCUCAAAAAAUCAGAAAAAAUGUGCUGAUCAAGGAUAUAUAAAUCUUAGCUGCCCAUUUUAGGUUUUUAGGGGUGAAAACUCAAUCGGAAGUUGACUUAAAGUCCUAUAUGAACCCCUUUUCGCCUAAUUUUUCACGGGUUUACAAUUUUUAUUUUGACUUAAAACGAUGUUUAUUGAGUUUCUAAGACGUAAAAAAUCAGUCUUGGCCCAAAAAUUUAUUUUUCCGACCUUCAACUUCAAAAAAAGUUGGUUCAGCCCAAAAGGGAAAUCGAACCCGUGCGGCGUGCUCCCUCUUGAUUCCCAGACUACGGCACUAACCACUCGGCCACACCGCUCUCUUCCGAAGGAAGAGACCGACUGCGCUUUUUAUCGUUUCGAAUGCCUGCGCACGUCAAGAAAAAAUAAAACAAAAGCGCUCAAGCAAUGAAAAAUUCUUGGCAUUCUGUUUCGGCGAAAGAAUAAUUUUUGCUCCAAAGAUAGCCUGAUUACACGAUGAAGAUGGGGUAGAAUGGGGUUAUUGCAUACAUAAAUUUGAAGCUGGGCUCCUGCUUAACCUGAACAUAUAUAUUUCAUAUAAAAAAUCGGUCGUCUUCUAUCUGUUUGAAGCCUAAACUAACAACGCCUAAAAAAUGUUGCGCUUUCGAGGAUUUCUCUAAGAUUUUCCCUCGCCCCUAUUUGAAGUUUCGUGGAAGCAUAGUCUGGAACAAGGCGGAUUUUUUGAGCCUAAAACGAAAAAAAUCAAAUGAGCCAGUUUCGAGAUAGAAAAUCUCUUCAUUUUGCGCAAUAUUUCGCCUUUUCUCUGACCUCGUCCAAAAAAACUGUCAUUGAGACGGAUUUUUUGGACACUUCCAUAAGCGGAAACAGAAUGCCAACUUUCGUGUUGAAAGAUAACCCUUUGAGCGCAAAAUCUUGACGUGCUGCGCCUUUUGUAGGGAAAUUAAGCCAGUUUUUGGGCAUUUUCACCCCUAAAAACCCAAAAUGGGCAGCUAAGAUUUAUAUAUCCUUGAUCAGCACAUUUUUUCUGAUUUUUUGAGAUAUGUCCCGUCAAAAAGUAGGAGCCCCCAUAAAAGUACUUUCCUUGUCAGAAGCCUCGUUUGGCAAGAUGAAAAAAUUGACAGACCCGUUAUCCCAUUCCUCGGUGCAGAUAGAGCCGUCGUCAACCGUACUCAAUACUAUGACGCGACGAAGAAGCAGAGAUAUCCCGUGUACAUUGAGACCUAUUUCUCGGUUCAAAAUAUCGUCUGGGCAUAUUUGAUCCUUCUCUGGGUCGCUGUUUUGAAUGUCCUCACCAAAUUCAGUGUUACUCGCCAGUUUCUCAAGGAUUAUCCAUCAAUUGCCAGUUUUGGAACUUUUGCCAAGAAUGGAGGCACCAGAGAACAAUUGAAAACGGUCAGUUUUUGUUUUGAUUUUGGAUGAAAAUUGAUGGGAAUAGACGGAGAAAAAUAUCCUCCUCUUCCCGCUAUAUUAAUAGUAUCUGAAAUUUGAUGAUUUUCACUUUUUAGAGCACCUUCAGCUACUUUAUUCAUGGCACCGGUUGGGCCGAAUCUGAGCCUCAACCAGACAAAGCCCCAACCAAAUCUCUUACCGCCCGAGUUGAUGGACCUGACGCCGGAUAUAUUGGAACGGCCGGAUGUCUCAUCGCCGCGGCCGUCACAAUCCUUGAAGACCAGGAAAAAUUACCCGAGAAUGGCGGAGUUUUUACUCCGGGCGCCGCCUUCGAAGAGACCGGCAUUCUUGAACGCCUUGCGCGAUUCAAUGUGACCUACAAGAUCUUGGAAUAA